UUUUUUCCCUUUCCCUCCUUUCUCAAAGGUUGACAUCAGCAGAAAGGAAAAAAAAUAGUACCGUUUAGCUUUGUUUUAGCUGUAGUCGAUGGCUAAUUCGACCAGUUUGCUUCUGUCUGUUAUCAUCCACACAGCUGUCUCCAGUACACUCGUGUGUGUGUGUGUGUACGUGUGCUCCAGGCCAGGGGUGAGGGGUACACUUUUUUGACUUGGUAGCUACUACUAUCAAAAAACAUUAAAAUAUAUUUACUAAUAUAAACUCGGGAUAUAAAACAGCUUCUCUGUAAUCAUGCUCUUUAAAUUAGAUGUGUUUGUUGUUUACGAUAAAGCCUUAAAUGUAAGAGCUAUUGUAAUUAUGGCUGUGCCUCAGUUUUGGUAUCGUAAUGAAGCAAAACCUAUAACAAGUAAUUGCUGCGAAUAGUUUGAAUAGUAACCAAUUCAUUUGCAUUGAUUGUUUUCAUCUGUUGUUCUUGUUAAUCUUCUGAUUUGUUAUUGCAACUUGUUGUGUUGCCAGGUCACAGUGAAUGUCUCAACAUCAUGAAAAUCUGCAUCAUUUCACUCGGAUGACCCUACUGCGCUGCAUCCACCUCUGUGACAUCAUAUCUUGCCUGUGUUGAGUUUUGCCCUAUAGACUCCCAAACUGGCACCCAGUCGCCCUUCACCCCACAUUUCCUGGUACCAACCAAAAGCCCACAUCCGAGCCCUUAUUACUUGUUUUUUCCGGCACACUUGGCCUGGUUAUACGUAUGGCUGCCUCCCACUGUGCCAGCUAUUCAUUCACUACAAAGGAUCAAAGACAACAUCUCAUCUGAUGCCUGAACUCGGCUGUAAUUAGCAAUUAUGCUUCACAGCACCCCCCAAGAUUAAACCACUCUGUACAGUCUUCCAAUUAGUCCUGUUGUCUUCACAUGAAUAUACAUUGUCCCCAGUCGACCAUAUCACAACAAUCAGACUCUUCGUUUUAGCUUUUUAUCAAGUACAUAAAAUCCUGUUUUGUUGAAAAAAAAAACACCAUGAGGUUUGAGGAAAUUAAAUAAGUGAACAAACAUGAUCCAACAGUACUCCCUUUGCGAUUUACUGGUAGAUCACAAUCUACUAAUUGGGCACCUAUGGUUUAACUCUUUAACACCUUAGCCUCAAAUGUCAGUCUGGACUUUUUGUUUUUUGGAGAAUAUAUAGAUGUUUUAUUAUCUGUUAAUUAUUCAAACAUAUUGCUCUCUAUCCCGAUGGGUGAACUCAAACAAUUACAACAUAACUAGGGAUGACAACAUGAUAUAUGAUGACAUCGUCAUUAUCCUUUGAUCUGAAGAUGCAAGGAUCGAAAGUUGCAAGGAAAGGCAAACCAAGGAAAUUGGAGAACGUAGCUGCCAGUGGCAGAAAUAAAAUUUAUUAUAAAUAAAAAAUACAAAAUAUAAAUAAUGACAGCAGGCAGUCAUGCAAACUGUCACAAAACAGAGAAAAGGACAAAGAAAACAGAAGAGGAGGCGGAAGAGACACAAAUCGUUCAAUCUAUAAACAAAGAUGAAAUCAACAGCUGUUGCAGAUGAUUUGGCAAAGAAGGUCAGACAGAUUCCUAGCUCUCAGAAGAGUGCUUUCACCUCAACAAAGAAAAGAAAUCAAAAGCACGAGCCUCAGAAGAUUCACCUGUUGCAAGGCUCAAGGAAAACUGAAAAAUAUCAUGAAAAGCAAAGCAUCCUGCCUUCCACCAAGAGUAAAACCAACCAAACGGAGGAACCUAAAAAGCUACGGUGGUGGCAGUGCUUUAAGAAUCGAAGUCAGGUCUCACCCUCCCCUGAAGAACAACAUAACUUCGAGAAGAGACGUCCCUCCAUCUCCCAUCACCGCACAACUGACAUCAAACAAACAACAAAAGCUGCUGCUCUCUCCAAUUGGAAAAUCGAAAAGUCACCGUGGGUUAAUCAACUCGCCACCCAGGUCCUGGGAACAGAAAAUCAUCUUGUAACACAAAAACAAAGCAUUAUUAAUCAAGCGACGAAAAAAGGCAACGAAAAGAAAGUGUCAAAGAAGCCUCGGUGGUGGCAACGUUUUAAGAAUAGAAGUAAGGUUGCACCAGCGCCUGAAGAUCAGCAUUGCACAGAGAAGAGACAUCCCACCAACUCAAUAUAUCACCCAAGGGAAGCUAAAGGCACAGCCCCUGUGUCCACAAUGCAAAACCCCAGGCAACAGCGCUUUAGGAUUUCUGGCGGCUACAACAUACCAAAUGCAGACGGCCCUCAAGAACAACAGAGCCAAGAGAAGAAGUGUUCCACCGCUCCUCGCCAAAGUACUGCCCUGGUUAAAGACAAAGCUUCAAUGGCACCUGUCAAACACCCAAGACAACAGUUCAGGAAUCUCGGUGGGUCUGCCAUUGGAUGUCAAAUGGCAUCAGCCCCCAAAGACAACCAGUACCCAGAGAAAAAGUGCAUCUUUAUCCCUAACCAACAAUCUGCUGGAAAAGUCAGAGAAACAGCCCCAAUGGCUCCAGCCAAACCCCCCAGGCAACAGCACUACAAGACUUCUGGUGGCACCAACAUUCAGGUUGCUUCAGCUUCUAAACAGCAGCAGUGGCCUGAGAAGAAUUCUCCUUCCGUUUCUCGGCAGCACAACAUGGUAGAGUCCAAAGCGUCUGCCUCGGUGCCCACAACCAAACCCAUCAGGCAACAGCAGUUCAAAAAUCCAGGAUUCCCAAAUCCAGCCAUGUACUGUUACAUGAACUCCUGCCUGCAGAGCCUCCUCACAUUGUUGAACUUUGUCAGAGACAUCGCUCGUCAGGAGCCAGUCUGGGGAAACAUCCCUGAGGCCGGACUUCUAAAGUCAUUUUUGAACAUCAGUAAAUUUCACUUUUCCCCUGAUGCUUACCAAAAAUCCUGCCUGCUCUCAGCGUUUAAGUGUGAGGUAGCUUUGCGAAAUCCGGAAUUUACAGACCUCCGACAAAAAGAUGCUCAUGAGUUCCUCAUGGCUGUGCUGGAUCAGAUGAGGAGAUUGGGCAAACUGCUGCAUAGGAAGGCUGGGCGACUGGGCAAGGUCUACAGCUGUCCUGUAGAUGAUCAUAUGGUGUUCAAAAUGAAGAACAACAGGACGUGCAAAACGUGUGGUGCGAAAUCCGAGAGAACAGAGUCCUUCACCAGUCUGUCUCUGGAUCUGCUCCCUCGAGGAACAGUCAAACAACUGCUUGAUAAUUACAGAAGUGAGACAGAGGUGGAGUACAAAUGUGACUGUGGUGCGACAACAUCUGUCCAGAACUCGACGUUUGCCACCCUGCCAAAAGUUCUAAUUUUACAACUAAAGCGCUUCAGGUUUACAUCAGCGUUCCAGGUAACAAAGGUCCAUGAUGACAUUGUUCUUCUGAGGGAACUUCAGGUGACCUCCAGACAGGGUGUCGGCCGCUACCGUUUGGUCAGCUGCAUUAGUCAUAUGGGCGAUUCAGCACGAAGUGGACACUACAUCUGUGAUGGGGUGGAUCCAGAUGUGAGACAGGUCGACCCGACGGACCGCUGGUUCACCUAUAACGACGACGUUGUUAGUGAAACCUGUGGUCCGUUUGUUUUCAAACUCAGAGAAAAAUAUGCUUAUAUUUUAUUUUACCAACGACAGGACUAGACAGUUGCACUUUCCAGAGGAAUCCAUGAUGAAUGCUCUCAUUAGGAGUCUUAAGUUACUCCUUGUCAGACCAGUGUUUCUCAACUGAGUCCAAAGCACCAAGCACAAGAUUUAGAGUUGGCAGGAGCAGCAGACAUGAAGAUCGAGGAGCCAAAUACUACAGGAUUUCUCCAAAACACUUAUUUUCCCUCUCUGGAUAAUGUCUUUACUGCCAGACUGCAGGACACCUGGAAGAACUGCGACCUCUGACUCUGAGGCAUCGCUGUUUCUAAUCCAAACACUGUCCCAUACCACAAAAACCGCACAUACGUAUAUGUGCACUACGGCACUCCAACUGGCCUUCAAACACUGUACAUAAUACUGCAAAUAUUUUAAAUUGUAUUUAUUUAAUUAUUUAAUUUUUUAUACAUCUGUACCAGCAGGUACGCAUUAAUUUGGUACUUUUGUGCCUAAUCUACUACUUCAUGUGUUUUAAUGAAUUUAAUUUCCCCAUGGGAAAAUUAAAGCUUUUGAAAUAAACUUCAUUUCGCUGUCAAUCAUUUGAGAAGCUCA